AUGGAAGAGUGUCAGACUGAUGACUCUUUUCAACGUGAACUUGAAGACUUCAUUAGAAAGCAGAAAGCGAGAGGAUUACAUCCAAAUGUCUCCUUCAGAAAGAUGGCAGAGGAUUCUGUUCACCAAAAGAGAGAUGGUGUCAACCCUGGAGAUACACAGCUGGGGUUACCAUUCUGGUUCAGAAACUACUCCAGAUCCUCUCCUUCCUAUAAAAGGCUGACCGUGGAAAACCAGGUACCUUACUGCAGACAAAGACUGGAAUCUCUAAAGGAUUGUCGGAAAAUCCAGCCAGUCGGUCCAGACAGAAAGGAGAGGACAAGGCACCAAGAGGAAGGGGGAGCCACCACUCAGGAGCCAGGGGUGCCCAAGGGGAGACUCUACAAGGGGAGAGCGAGGGGUCUGUGCAGCGAGGACAGCCUCGGCAGAAGGAAGGCCUCAGCAGAGCCAGGGGGUACGCAGAAGUCUAAAUACAGAAAGGAGAACCACCAUAAUGGGAAAGACUCCACCAAAGGCAGACACCGGUCCCACCAGAAGAAGAAGGGGCCAGAGGAGAGGGAUUUGUGGGAUGAAGCUAUCUUGGGCAGUCGCUACUGACUGUGCAUUUUGAGUCCCAUGUGUUGAUUCCCUUGGUAAGGAUGGAUUAAAUGACCUCAGAGCAAUUAGACUCCAGGAGGCUGCUGUGCUCCAUGUGCUCUACUGGGGUAGAAAUUGUGAGUCUGCACCGGGGAGCUCUUCCAGUGCUGGCAGUGACAGGCCCUUUAGUAUGCAAGGCCUUCGGGCUGUGCUGACAGACACAGUGACUUAAAAGCCUGAGUGUUGGAAGUUUA